UCAGAUGCCCCAAGUCGCGGUUCAGUUCUUUCUACAUUAUUGAACAGUGACGUAAUAUUUGGUCAACACUCCGCUGCUGCUACUGCCGAAGCUGCGGUUGUACCGGUCUUUCAGCAGUCUGACACGAGUGAAGAAUACAAAGAUUUUCAACUUCCUGCGGGCACAUUUUCAGAAAUGAUUCCAAAGAAAAGGAACAGAACUGAAAAAUCGACCGGUGCAACAAAAUCGAACAGUUCUGUUGGAUUUGUUGAAAAAGACAGCUCGAUCGCCGGCUUGCGUGCGCCCAGUGCUUUAUCAGGCCUCCGCGUGUCACCACGUCAACGUUGCGAGUGCAAUUUGGUAAACGCAGCAAUACGAGGUUCCAAAAAAGGACUCAUUGCGGCACUACAAGAUGGAGAAGAUGCGAAUGAUUGUGAUAAUUUUGGCAUGACAGCUUUAUAUCAUGCUGCGACACGUAAUUUCACUGACCUCUGCCGAAUUCUAAUUGAAAAUGGCGCUCUGAUCAAUGCACAUGAGUGUAUGCUUGCUGGCAGCUCACGCGGUAGCACAUGCCAACUGCAGGCAGCUGAUAUCAAGGCUUUCAACAAUAUUCUUUUUUGA